GUUUCCUUAUUCCGUCCUCUUCUGAACCUCUCGAAUACCUCCUCUCAUCGGCUCUGUUACCCUCUCCAUAUCGUUAACGAAAUGGCAUACGUAGCAGACAAGAAGGGCCUGGUCCUCGCAAGGAUUCCAGGAACUGCUAUUCCCUGGGCCCACACCAUCUUUGGCGCGUCCGCCUUUAUCCUCGCCCUCGUUGUUGGAUGCUACGGCCAUUACUACAAGAUUGUCAAGAAUGGCGUCGCCGGGUACCCCGAUGAAUGGUUUCCAAGUGUCAGUGCCGCAACGGGCGACUGGUAUCCUGAACGCAACCUCUGCCAGAUCUUUAUUGCCUUGGCCUCAGGUCCUCGUCUGAUGCUAUGCUACCUUUGGUAUCUCUUGACUGUGCGCAAUGUUCCUGCCAAAGGAUCGAAGGGAUUUGCCAAAUUCCUCCUCACGAACGAUGUUAUUAGGACAGUUGCUUGUGGCGGAUGGGUCUAUGUCACAUCCUCGGAUGAUCAUGAUAUUCAUGACAUCGCCAUGAUUGUAUACCUGCUCUGCACCAUCCCUCAUGUCAUUGGCACGAUCAAGACCGCUCCUCAGAACCCCAAGUCUCAGCAAUACAGAAAACUCUUUGCGUACACCUUUUUUGGCGCCUUGAUCCCUAUGGUCUACUUCUUUAUCCAGCAUAACGUCCAUCGUAUUCCUGGAUCAUAUACCCACUACGCUUUCUUUGAGUGGUCUUUAAUCAUCUCUGAUCUCGCCUUUGACGCCGUGUGUCUGAUCGACUUUCAAACCUUCGAAUUCCGUGUGGUCGAUAUUGGAAUGAAUGGCAAGCAGGAAGAUUAUAACAGCGCUCAGAACGGUCUCAAGACCUAUGGAGGCAGUGAGAGCGCCGGCGCCACUCUUGGAGACAUUAGACCCUAUGAAGUCAUUUCCUUUGUGUCUGAUGUCUACCUAGGUUUCGUGUUUUGGUCGAUGCUGACUGCAUUGCCCCUCAUGAUUUGGUACUUCCCCUUGUGGCAUAUGGGCAUUUCGGGAUAUGAGGCGUUCCUGUUCUCCAAUAUCAGCGCCGUCCUGCUCGGCAUCAACUUCCUUCGCCGUGGUAUUGAGCGUGCCAAGGGACUUGUUCACCUUCUGUCCUUGGUCGGCGUCCUCUCAUACAAGGUCGUCGAUCCUGCCCACCGUUUGAUGGCUGUCGCUGCUGGUGUUUCGCUGUCUCUUCUCACCUGGGGCGCUACUCUCUUUGGACAGCGUCAUCAAAACGGACGUGCUGAACGUGGUGUCAUGACUUUAGCCCUGGGAUUGAUUCUCCACAAUGUCGUCAAGCAGGCUUGGUGGGCCAACAACCCCAUCUGGCCCAUCAUGAACGAGAACACCGGCGGUCAGAACAUGGUCGGAUUGGCUUUGGGCGUCUUGGCAUCGGUUCAGGUCAUGCUGCGCAAGGAGCCCGGUGUGGACGAGCCUCAGACGAUUCAGAGCCGCAAGCAUAGCGAGAGCUGGCUCCUGACUGCUAUUGGUGCUGGCAGUUACCUGUUCUGCUUGCAUUCGAUGUUCACGGACUCUACUACUAUCAGCCGCUGGUCCUUGGGAGGCUACCCCAACACCGGCCCCCAGCCAGUCCCUGGUGGAUUGAUGGUGAUUGUUGCUAUGGCUACGGGACUCACUCUUUCGUCCAAGCGUCGUUGGGCCACUUCUCUGGUUUGGUGGGCGAUCGGAACCGGUGGUUUGGCCGUCUUGCACUUUAUUGAGGGCGACGUCGGAUUUGCGGGAGGAAUCGUCUUUACUGUCUACGCGCUCUCACUCUUUCCAACCCUUUUCCGCUCACUGGCGCGCCAACCUCCAGGACGCACCUAUUUGGUCGCCAUGCUCGUCUAUAACAUUUUGGCAUUGGCCCACGUCUGGGUUGUUGCCUACGCUUUCGUUCCCGGUGGCGAAGUUAUGAGAGAGCACACGGACUAUGUUCUGAUCGCCAUGCAGAUCUGUCUUUUGCUGGGCAUUUUCAACUCCAACUCGGCUGCAUGGAGUGUCGUCUCCGAAGUCCGCGCCAGGUCUGCAUUCUCUGUCGCCCGUCUCUACACCAAACUAUCCUUGGUUGGAUUGGUGAUUGCCUCCGUCGGUAUUUGCUAUAGACGUAUGCCCAAGUCUGCUCCUCAGCCCUACCAUCCCGAGCACAAGUUGAUUACGGCCGGUAUCUGGACCAUCCACUUUGCGAUCGACAACGACAUGUACAGCAGCGAGAUCCGCAUGCGCGAUGCCAUCAGGGACUUGGAACUGGAUGUCAUUGGAUUGCUGGAGUCAGAUUUGCAGCGCAUGAUCAUGGGUAACCGCGACCUAACCCAGUUUCUGUCCGAAGACCUCAACAUGUAUGCGGACUAUGGCCCAGGCCCCACCAAGCACACCUGGGGAUGCACCAUGCUCUCCAAGUUCCCCAUCAAGCGCUCGACACACCACCUGCUGCCCUCGCCGAAGGGCGAGUUGGCCUGCGCUAUCCACGCUACACUGGACGUCUAUGGCAAGGAGGUUGAUGUGAUUGUUUCCCACAACGGUCAAGAAGAGGAUCUUUUGGACCGUCAGCUUCAGACGACAGAGUUGGGCCGCAUCAUGCGCGAAUCCGACAACCCGUUCUUGUUCUUGGGAUACGUUGUAACCAAGCCCGGCAAGGGAGAGGAGAUUUAUGAGUUGUUAAUGAACGGUGGCCAUGUGCACGAUAUUGAAGUAUCAGACUGGGAUCGCUGGUGCCAGUACCUGGCCUUCCGUGGUGUCAAGAGAGUCGGCUAUGCGCGCAUCUCGCACGGAGGCAUUACAGACACAGAGAUCCAGGUUGGCAAGUACCAGCUGCUGGAGAACCAUCCCACAUCCUGGGAUCGAUCGCUGCCCAUCGAGGAGUUCAAGAAUCAGGAGACAUAUGCGCAGAUCUCGGAGAAUCAAGUUCCCGAGGGCAUGCGCUUCCCCUCCAUGUUUUAUGGUCAAGGAGUUCGCAAGCACCGCUUCCAUGUCUUUGACCGACCUUACUACUACGUAUAAGGCACACGAUCGUCUUUAUGUAGCGUAAAGAGCCGACAAUAAAAAUAUUAAUAAUUCGAGUCG